AUGACUAUCAAUGAUACCCAGCCUGACCGGCCGAUUCCGUCAGACGAUUACUAUGAUCUAGGAUCCUUCCAUCGUCCAGUGACCACUCAGAGCAAUGAGGCCCAAAAGUGGUUCGAUCGCGGUCUUGUAUGGAGCUACGCAUUCAAUCAUGAAGAGUCAGCCGAAUGCUUCAAGAAAGCCAUUGCCAUCGAUCCAGACUGUGCCAUGGCAUAUUGGGGACUUGCCUAUGCCCUUGGACCCAAUUACAACAAACCGUGGGAACUUUUUGAUGGUGAAGAACUCGAAUCGGUUAUAACACAAGCACAUUCGGCUGUGGAAAAGGCUAGAAAGAAAUCAAGCUCUGCCGACACAGUUGAAAAAGCAUUGAUUGACGCCCUUGAGUUCAGAUACCCUCAAUCGCAACCCGCUCCCGAUUGUUCAGUAUGGAAUCAAAGAUAUGCCGACGAAAUGGGCAAUGUAUAUUCAGCAUUUUCAACCGAUCUCGACGUCGCUACCUUUUACGCAGAAGCGAUGAUGAACCGUACACCAUGGAAGCUGUGGGAUUUAUCUACCGGACAACCUGCUCCUGGAGCCAGCACACUGAAGGUGAAGAUGGUGCUUGAUCGCGCCCUAGCUCAACCCGGGGGCCUCCGACAUCCAGGGAUUCUCCAUCUCUACAUCCAUCUGAUGGAGAUGUCUGGAACUCCAGAGAUUGCUCUUCCGGUGGCAGAUCAUUUACGAGGUCUGGUGCCGGACGCCGGUCAUCUCAACCACAUGCCUACGCAUCUUGAUAUCCUAUGCGGUGAUUAUCGACGAGCCAUCUCUUCAAAUCUCGACGCCAUUCGCGCCGAUGAGAAGUUCCUCGCUCGCGCAGGUCCCCUGAAAUUCUACACCCUGUACAGAUCACACGAUUAUCAUUUCUGUCUCUAUGCAGCCAUGUUCGCUGGCCAAUCCCAGGUCGCCCUCGAGACUUUAUCCUGGCUAGAAGCAUCAAUUCCAGAAGAACUGCUGCGUGUGAAAUCACCGCCGAUGGCUGAUUGGCUCGAAGGAAUUUUGGGACUGCGCGUCCAUGCUCUCAUUCGAUUCGGGAUGUGGCCGGAUAUUCUCCGCCUCCCGCUUCCAGAGGAUCAGGAUCUUUACUGUGUGACGACGGCCCUGAUACAUUAUGCGAAGGGUAUUGCAUUGGCCGCAACCGGGAAAGUGAAGGAAGCGGAACAGCAACAAGUUGUGUUUCAACAAGCGGUGAAGCUUGUGAAGCCGUCGCGGACUCUGUUCAACAAUACCUGUGUCGACAUCUUGGCUGUUGCCGACUCGAUGCUGAAUGGUGAGUUGGAAUAUCGUCGAGGAAAUUUUGAAACUGCAUUCUAUCAUUUGCGUCGAUCUAUCGCUCUCGACGAUGCACUCCCCUACGACGAGCCAUGGGGUUGGAUGCAACCUCCACGACAUGCUUACGGGGCACUGUUGCUUGAACAAGGUCACGUCGAAGAAGCCGCUGCGGUGUACAGUGCCGAUCUAGGAAUUGAUGAUUCACUGCCUCGUGCCCUUCGACAUCCAAACAAUGUAUGGUCACUUCACGGGUAUUACGAAUGUCUGGUCAAGCGGGGUCGAAUGGCCGAAGCUCGAAUUCUCAAGCCGCAAUUGACAUAUGCUAUGGCCAUGGCAGAUGUACCUAUCAAGUCUUCUUGUUUUUGCCGAAUGACGUCCAGUGACGCAGUUUCAUGA